CAGCUUUAGUUCCAAGUCCGUCGGCUCUUCGGCAAGAUGUUGAGAGUUCUGUGCCUAGUUGUCGUGCUUGUGGGGAUUAUAGAUCCGUUCGUGGAGACGAAGAGCAUCCCGCGGGUCAGUCCCAAUCUCCAGUUGGAUGCCUACCUCAGCUACGAUGGAAUCAUGCAGUACCUGGAUCAGUUGGCCAUAGCCUAUCCCGAUCGGGUGACCGUAAAGAAAGCGGGUUCCUCCUACGAGAACCGUGACGUUAAGGUCGUCGAGAUAACAAACGGAGAUCAUCGACCGGGAAAGAGGGUUAUCUUAUUGGACGCCGCCCUUCACGCGCGUGAGUGGAUGACUCCCGCCGCCGCCCUCUAUGUCAUUCACCAGCUGGUGGUGGAGUUCCAGCAGAACUCCGAUCUCCUGGCCGACUUGGAUUGGCACAUAGUGCCGCUGGCGAAUCCGGAUGGCUACGAGUACUCCCGCAAUGUGAAGUCAAUGUGGAGGAACACGAGGCGACCAACUGUUGGCAAUUGUAUUGGUUCGAAUCUAAACCGAAACUUUGAAGUGAACUGGGGAAUAGGUUUUCCGGAACUAAAAGAUCCCUGUGAUGAGAACUACGCUGGCCCAGAACCCUUUUCCGAGGUUGAAGCUCGUAUAAUUCGCGAUAUAAUGCAAGAUUUGGUGUCGAGUAAGCGGGGUGUCAUGUAUCUUUCCCUGCACACGGCAAACCGCUCGGUCUUCUAUCCUUGGUUCCACAAAGAGAUCCAAGUUCCCAACUAUGAUGAACACGUUGAAAUUGCCAAUUUCGUCUCUAAAAAGAUAUUGCAAAGCACCGGCACUAUCAUAAAGACGCCCCAAUAUGCCAUAUUUGCCGGAGUUAUCGGGGGAACCAGCGUUGAUUACGCCUACAAUUUGGGCUUCCCCCUUUCCUUUAUCUUCGAGAUAUCUGGAACUGGGGAGGAUCAUGUGCAGUACAAAUUCUUCCCUCCGCCACAGAAUAUUCGCCGUCUGGCUGACGAGGGUUGGAUAGGGAUUCGCGCCUUUGCCGAGAAAGUCAUGGAAAAAUAUCCGCCCUCUAGGGAGAUUACUUACGAAAAGCAACUACCAGAACCAGAACAACUAUCCAAAAUUGAAGUUCCAUAGCUAAAAUGGUUUCACUGGAUUUUGGGAUGAUGGAAAAAAUAAUUUAAUAAACAAGUUCUGCAUAAUAUAUCAUAAUAUAAUAUAUAUAUAAUAUAUCAGCUUUGUUUCUUAGCAAUAAACUAUUUUUGCCUUCUCGAUAAUAGUUUAAAUUUAAACAUAAUUUUUUAUUUCAAAAUACAUUGCUUUAAUCUUUGUUUUACUCUCA